ACGACAGUAGCGAGCGAAGAAUGGUCGACAUCACAAGGGACAAACCAAUUAAAGUUGCCGUCAGAGUACAAGUUCCCGUUCGUGACCAUCCGAAGUUCAAUUUCGUGGGCAAGCUUCUGGGACCAAAAGGAAACUCGCUGAAGCGAUUGCAGGAAGACACGAUGUGUAAAAUGGCCGUGCUCGGUAGGGGCUCAAUGAAAGAUAGGCAGAAGGAAGAGGAAUUGAGGGUAAGCGGAGACCCCAAGUUUUCACAUUUGAUGGAAGAUCUGCAUGUUGAAAUAUCCGCCUACGCGACGCCAGCCGAAGCUCACGCAAGGAUUGCUUAUGCCCUGGCUGAAGUACGACGCUUCUUAGUUCCUGACUACAACGACGACAUACGUCAGGAGCAGAUGUGGGAGAUGCAGAUACUCAACACACAGGGCCGCGAGGGUGGCGGCGGCGUCGAGGCACCGCUGAGCCCCGCGUCGAGCCUCGAGGCCGCCAACUCGCCGACGGCGGCGACGACGGCCAACUCGAUCGACGGACAGGAGGAUAUGGGCGGCAUGAUGGCCAUGGGCUGCUGCGGCGGCGGCGGCGGCGUCACGACCCAGCGGCCUACCCCGUCGCCACCGCAUCCGGCCUCGUGCCUCAAGAGCCAGAGCGGCGGCGCAGGCCAGAGCGGCACCGUCCUGCCAGCCGUCACUUCCAGCCUCGGUGGUCGGAAACGACCCCUACUGCCGGGCGGCCGUCCAGCCAUGUCGCCGACGAAGCGCUCGGUCAUGUCGCUGCUGGUGCGAGCCCGAGCCGCCCAGAACAAGGAGCCCACGCUGUCGCAGGCGGUGUCGAUCGUCGGCUCCGCGGGCCAAGCCCAUCAGGCGGCGGUGGCGGCCUGCGCGGCGGCGGCGGCCUCGCCUCUCAUGCAGACGAGUCUGCAGCUGCAGUCGCCCACGCAGACGGCCCAGCAACAGCAGUCGGUGGCGGCGGCCCAGGCCGCCGUGGUGAGUCAGCAGCAGCAACAGCUGCAGCAGCAACUGGCCGUGGCGGCGGCGGCCCAGCGACAGCCCGCCGCCCUCAUGCAGUCGCACAGCCAGCAUCCCGUGCUGGCGCCGACUAUACACGGAUUGCUCCAGGCGCAGAGAGCCGCAGCCGGAGCCACGGUGCUGCCCAUAUUACGCGAGGACUUUAUGGCCGGAGUGAAUCAGCAUCAAGUGCAAAAUGUUCACAUAGCGUGAAUCGAUUUGGCCGGCUUCGAGGCUUCUUACGCAUUGUGCAGUGCCACAUAGUAGCAGCAGCAGCAGUAGUCCAGCCCAGCCAGUCUGCGGCACACACACAGCCAACCGGCGACCUAUAGGCCUCGCGCUCAUUAAGUCACAAUGCGCUGCACCAGCCGAGCCAACCCAGCGUGUGUCACAUUUAUAUAUAUAUCUAUAUGUAUAACGAGUGGCGGCGGCGACAACGGCCGACUCAAUCAUGCAAAUCCUUAUUACCGAGUGCGGGGCAAUUCGCCUCGUGCGCUGCACAGCUGCUACCUACCUACCUACUGCUGCACUCGACUGACUCCGCCGCCGUCGAGCCGCACGAUUUGAGCCCUGCGCGACUACUAAUACUACUACCACCACCGGUCCAUGAGGCAGCUAUUAUUCCAUCUCUCGCUAAAACUAUUACACGCAUCGCGAGAGACGGAACUCGUGAUCGCGCGACGCUCCGGAACCCGACUCUACGUCGUCGUCGUCGUCGUCGUCCUCGUCGUCGUCCAAUGGCUGGCCCGAGCCUGCUGCUGAUGCUCGGAGGCGCACGACUUCAUGCUCUGCUGCAUAAUACUUGUUCAUCGACGUAGCGCACGGACACAGACACGCGAGCACGCACAUACACACUUGUAGCUGAUCGCAAAUUACAUUUUCCAUAUUACUACUGUCGUUUUCGUUCGUUUUCGGAUAAUAACCGUAUUACCGUAACUAUAUCUGUAUAUGAUGGAUAUGGCACUGGUAUAUAUGUGUUUGCGUGUUUAGGGCUACACAGACACAUGGACAAGCUCUGCGAGUCUUCGAUUGAGCUAUCUCGCCAUGGGCGACUGAUUUUACUCGGAUGUAUGUGCCAAUUAAUCGAUAAUUACCAUUACUUCAAUUCGUACCACUGCUUUUCCGGACUUGAUCGAUGUUUCGAUAUCACUUUGAGCCACUUGAUAAUAUUUCUUUAAUGUAUAUUUUUCGAGUGAAGUUAGACUUCAAAUUUUGUUCGGUAUCCAGAAAAAGAAAAUAUUUUAUAUACCAAAAAAAUUGAAUAGCUGUGAAAAGUUUCAAUCGGACGCGAAGGAUUUGUUGAAUGUCGAUCACUACACAUUUUUUUAUUAUCCUUAUCUGACAAACGCCGAAACAAUGAAUAACAACUUUCGAACCAUCUUUAUUUUAUUUACAUUCAUUCAUCGUGAUCAAUUUGCUUUGCUUCCUUACUUUAUUAGUGUUUAACGGUGAAAUGAACAUUUCCAAAUGCGUUUUCCAAGUUUUUCACUGAAUAAUUUUCUAUAAAUAUAAAAACAAAAUCACAGAAAAGGCGUGUCAAAAUGUUUAUUGGUUACCCUUUUAAUUUCAAGCUCUCAAUUAUAAUGUACUAUUUACAAUGAGUUCAAAGACUGAUUAAAACGAAAAACAGAGUUAAAAAUAAUCGAUAAACUUUAAACUAAAUAAUUGUUUAAAACCGAUCGCACACUGCACUGAUUCUUUUUAUUUUUACAAACAACGAAGCAAUAAAGAUUGGGAUGUAAAUACCAAAUGACAGAUACACUAUUUCUGGAAAAAAUAAAAUUGUACGUAGAUUUAAAAGAUGAAUUGCACAAAUGGAUUUCCAUAGCUAAACGAUAUAUGAUUUAGGUGUACAUUUUAGACGAAUCGAAAAGGCAGGUAUUAAUAAAGGUGCGAAAAACUUUAUAAAUUUUAAACUUGUUUUGAUUUUUUUCUUUUCAAUGCACGCAUGUACAUUGAUUUAGAAUUAUAAACAUUAACAUUACGAACAUAUACAUUUACGAAAAUUGAAAUACAUAUUUAAUGAAUGGACCAAGACAUGCAGAGUCAAACUAAAAUUUGUCAUUAUUAAUCAAAUGUGAUUUGCUUAGUACGAAUAUUUAAAAAGCUGUUAAAAAAUUUACUUGUAUCAGUGAAUGAUAAGCGGGUACUUAAAAAAAGUGGUAUAAAGUAAACAAAGUACCAUUUGGUAUGAAAAUCUUGCAAUAAAAUAAUUAUGAAGCUCUAUGCUAUAAACGAACGAAUUACAGACAGUAUUAAUAUAAAAUUUCAAACAUUAUGAAAUAAUAAAAAAAUGUUUAAGGAGAAUUUAAUAGAAAUAUGAAAUAAAAAUCGUUAUUAUUAAAAACUGCAAACAUUUAAGGCAACUGUACAUCAAUGAAAAAAACCUAUAAAGUGAAAAUAGUUUUAUUGCUAAAAGUCAUUCAUAACUUAUUCUGUAUUUAAAUAUAUUUAAUGUAUAUAGUAAAAUGUAAUAAAAUUAAUCACUGUCAUUAUAAUUCUCCAACGUUCUGAAGUAUCCGUUGUUUACAUUGAAUAAACGUUCGUUUGUUAAUGAUUCUUUUAUCGUUUUUAAUUUUGAGUUAUCAAAAUUAUUACGAAGUUAAUAUAAGAAAAAAAACUAAUACUGAUCUCUUAUUGUUACAGUAUUUCGAUUAAAAAAGCAUAGUUCAUAACGUGUAUGUAUCGUUUAAAAAAAAAUAUUUUUGUUGCUUGAAUAAUAUACAUAUGUAAUGCUUAUGAACAUAAAGUGUGUAAUUAGAUAGUCUUACGGUAAAAGUCGCGCGUUACCGCGUAAAAUAUUUCGCGCUGUCGCCUGCAAUGCACAAAAGUAUGGAAAUAUAUUAUAUAAGAUGUACAGUGUUAGAAGAGAUACAUCGGCUGCAUAUGAACACCUAAGUAUGCAAAGGUGUAUUGCAUUCAACAUUGGUAAAAUAUAUAUGUAUAUUGUCAUGUGAAAAAUAAAAGCCGUUUAGUACAUGACUCUGAUUUUGAUGAAUUUCGCACUGUGGUACACAGUAAUUCUCAACGGAUCAGAAAGUGGUGCUAUAUACUUUAAAAUCUAUAAGACGGACUGUAAAAAAUUGUAUUCUUUGCAACUUGGAGUCAUGGAAUUAAUGAUCAUUAUAAUUUUCAGGAACGUUUGAAAUCUUAAUGAAUAAGUAUUAAAUGUUUCAACCAUAAAUGAAUCGAUAUAAUUAAAUCAAAGUUAAAUUAAUUGAAAUGCGAUACCAAACAGUUCGCAAUUAAAUAUUAAUAGUGCAUAAUAUAUCACAGUAGAUAAAAUAUAUUUACAAAAAUUUUAAAGUAACGCCUGGAGUACUAGUUUGAUGGUAAGAAAUAUGACUUGAAGUUGAAAUUCUGUAAUUUCAUGUGAUACGGUGUCAUGCUGUACAAUGUGUAUGGAUAAAAAUAAAAUAUGCAUAAGAAUAAUUAUUAAAACAUGAUCGUUACAGUAUAUUGAUGUUAAAAUGAAAUACACGCGUGAUUACAAACAUUUCAAUGUUUUUAUUGAUUUGUAUGCAUAAAAAUAAAGCAACUUCAUAAUUCACUCGAAAAAAAUUUAAUCGGUAUCGUUGGUAAGCGAUUUAAUUAUCUUAUUCUAUAAAUACAAGAAUAAAUGCAACAUUUAUCAAUUAUAAACAAAAUUUUCUUUUGUGUCAGUCAUAAUGAAAGUUACAAAAAAUACAUCGACUCCAUGAAUGUGUAAAACAAAGGAUAAAAAAACAGAAUAUAAAAAAGUCUGCUAACGACCUUUGAAGACAACUUGAAGAUAAAAAUGUAUUUUCGAUUCGAAGAUUUUUAUUUUUGAUAGAAAAUACAAUAAAAACGAAAUAGUUUGAAUUUGAAUUACCAUACCUUUACAUUUAGGAGUCAAGAAGUGAUAUUUUUAAUUUAACAUUUUCAAAUUGACUGAACGAAAACUGUGGUCUAGUUCAACUUUUAUAUCAACUUGUCACUGAACAGUUGAUUUUUUUAAAUUGUUUUUUACUUCUUUACUUGGUGAGCUAACAAGACAAAUCAAAUUUGUUGACAACCAAAACAAACAAAUUCUUCUUGAAAAUGUUGCCAAAAUACAAAUAUAAAAUUGAGAAGCUGACAGUUCAAUAAAGGAACUUACUUCGCUUUUACUAUAAAUACAUAUAUUUCAAAUGUCAGAAUGUGAAUAAACGUAAAAAUUGCUGUCUAAUUCGCUGCGUACUAACAUAUCGAGUUAUUUCAAAAUAGCAAAAAUAAUAUCAUAAUAAUAAUAAUAAUAAUA